AUGACUUCUAUGCCAGUGCUGACCCUCCUGGGGGUCACCACCUUGCUACCCUGUAUCCCAGGUCUGACCUGCCAUAGAAGCAGAAUACAGACCACGAGGAACAUGGCAGAGCUGCCCCUUGAGUGGGAAAUGGGUGAGGAAACUUGCGAGGUCGGCGAGGGUUGCCAAGACUGGGUGAUGCUCGUGUACAAUGGACCCCAGAUCAACUCAGUGGUCAUCAAGGGCUGCAUUCAGGUUGAGGACCAAGAGCCGCGUGUUACCUGGCUCAGGACGGGCCCUGGGCUCUCUAUUGUUACUUACACUCAUGUGUGUCGUCACAGUGACUUCUGCAACGAUGUAAACAGCACUGAGAUCUUUGAGAACCUACCCACACCCACAGUCCCAGGGUCCCUGCGCUGCCCACUCUGCCUUUCUAACGAAGGCUGUGAGAAUGCACCAGAACAGGUCUGUCCUGCAGGAAGCACACACUGCUAUGAUGGAGUCCUCAGGCUCAGGGGAGGAGGGAUUGUCUCUGAUCUGAAGGUACAGGGAUGUAUGUUCGAGUCCCAGUCAGACUGUGACCUGUUCAACGGCACACAGACAAUCGGAUCCAUAAAUGUGUAUGAGGAUUGCGGUUUUCAGUUAGCUGCAGAGGCUCUGAAAUGCCAGCAUGGGACACUAGAGACCGUGAAGGAUAUAUCAGAGCUGCCUUUCCAGUGGACGGCUAGCCAGAAAACGUGUGAUGUGGGUGAAGGCUGCCAAGACACGCUGAUGAUAAUAGAGAAUGGAGAGCAGGUGAACUUGGUUCUCACGAAGGGCUGCACUACCGCAGAGGACCAAGAGGCCAAAGUCACAGAGCACAGGACUGGCCCAGGGUUGUCUGUCACCUCCUACACCCGAGUAUGCCGUGAAAAAGACUUCUGCAAUGACCUGUCUACCACAGCCCCUCUCUGGACUCCACCUCUGGUGACAGCCCCAGGAACUACACGCUGCCCCCUCUGCUUCUCUGCACAAGCCUGUGAGAAUGCACCAGAGCAGGUCUGCCCCGCAGGUAGUACACACUGCUACAAUGGAUUCCUCAGACUCCGGGGAGGAGGGAUCAUCUCCUACCGGAAGGUGCAGGGCUGUAUGUCUCAGCCAGGCUGCAACCUGCUCAAUGGCACUCAGAAAAUUGGGCCUGUGAAUUUGAGUGAGGACUGCAGUCCCCUGUCAUAUCCUCUGACCUGUUACUGGGAAGUCAUGUUUAAGCUUGGCAAUGGCUUUGCUGAGGAAGCUGUGGCGUGGUCUUCACUAGGGUCUCAGGUGUGUGAACCUGAUGAGAUUUGUCAAGAAACACUGCUGCUCAUAGACGUAGGACAGAAAUCAGCCCUGCUGGGGAGCAAAGGUUGCAGCAGUCUUGGGACAGAGGACAGUGUUGGUGUCUCCAUAUUCUCCCAGCCCCCUGGGAUGCUGGUAGCUUCCUAUACCAGAUUCUGUCCCUCCCGCCUGUGCAAUGACGCCAACAGCAGCAGCGUCCUCCUAAAUAUCCUCCCUCAUCCAAAUGUGCCUCCCCCAGGAGCUGUGCAGUGUCCCGUGUGUGUACAGUUACUUGGAUCCUGCUUGAACAACACCUACUCUGUCACCUGCCCUCAGGGUGCCACUCACUGUUAUAAAGGUGACAUUGAGCUACAGGGAGGUGGACUGUUUUCUACUGUGAGCGUUCAGGGGUGCAUGGCCCCACCUCUCAAAUCUUUACUGGGUGACUCCAAAACAAUCAGGAUCUUCUCAGCAAAGGAGAUCUCUCACUUUCGUUAUGAGGAUGAAUAUAAUGAAAACCCUAUUUUUAGUGGUGCCUCGGCCUCUUCCCUGGCCUGGAUGUUAGGGCCCAAGGUUCUUCUCAGCUCUUUGUGUGCUGGGAUUUGUCUUCUCUGCUGA